ACGGUUCCACCCAUACUGGUGUGCUCUGUUCUGUCCGUCAAAUCCAACAAACGAAAUAAAGAAAUGUAGGGGACAGGUACAGCCCGGAAGGCAAGGAAGGAAGGAUGAUUUCCUCCUCGUUCACAGCGGGAGGAGUUGGUGUUGGACUACGAACACAUGAUUCUCCCCCCGUUACAUAUAUCAAACCCCUCCUGACUCCGCCAAUAUUGGAUCAUCGCUGUAACAAUAAUAAAAAAUCCAAAUUCAGAUCGACGAGGAGAGCAGUCAAAGCCCCCCAAACCCAGGCCUUCCUCCUCUUUCCUCAUCCUUUCUCUCAAUCAGAACACACAGCUGCUGCUUCCUCUUCUUCAGUUCUUCCGAUGGCCAAUUGCAGCCUCAACACGACCACUAAUCACCUCCGGCAUGUUGAGUCAAUGGCAGUCCUGCCGUCCGGCGCAGGUAAGAUUCCUCGUCUCAACGCCGUCAUUUUGGGUGAAGCUCUUGCUUCCGAAGAGGACGAUCUUGUCUUCCCCAGCGAUGACUUCGCCCGCCAGGCGUUGCUUCCCUCCGCGCAAAAGUACUUGGAAAUGUAUAAAAGGUCCGUGGAAGAUCCUGCUGGAUUUUGGUCUGAUAUUGCUUCCCAGUUCCUCUGGAAAAGCAAGUGGGGAGAUACUGUUUGCUCGGAGAACUUCGACAUACGCAACGGCAAUGUCUACGUGCAGUGGUUUAAAGGUGGGAUCACCAACAUUUGCUACAACUGCCUGGAUAGAAAUGUAGAUUCUGGAAACGGUGAUAAGAUUGCUUUUCACUGGGAAGGCAAUGAGCGGGGUUUCCAUGACUCUCUAACCUACACCCAACUUCUUAGCCAAGUUUGCCAGGUCUUUCUUACUUUCUCCUUCCUCUAGUCCUAGGGCUUGGAUUAUCAAUAUAAGCUAAAGCUGGAGUUGGAUUUCAGAUGUCUUUUCUUUUUUGUGCUCUCCAAAUUCACAUGUUCAGCUUGAACCUUCUCUUUUGUAGGUUGCCAACUACUUGAGAGAUAUAGGUGUUAAAAAGGGUGAUGCAGUAGUAAUUUACCUACCAAUGCUUAUGGAACUUCCUAUUGCUAUGCUUGCAUGCGCUCGCAUCGGAGCUGUUCACUCGGGUUCUCUGCAGAUUCUCUUGCUCAGAGGAUCAUGGACUGCAAACCGAAAGUUGUUUUAACCUGCAAUGCGGUCAAGAGAGGUUCCAAGGUCAUCCAUCUCAAAGACAUAGUUGAUGCUGCACUUAGUGAAUCUGCUAAAAAUGGCAUCUCAGUUGAUGCUUGCUUAACUUAUGAAAAUCGGUCUGCCAUGAUGAGGGAAACCACAAAAUGGCAGGAUGGGAGAGACAUAUGGUGGCAAGAUGUCGUUCCAACAUACUCAACCAUUUGUGAGGUGGAAUGGGUUGAUGCUGAAGAUCCCCUUUUCCUGCUGUACACUAGUGGUAGCACUGGUAAACCAAAGGGUGUUCUCCAUACAACUGGAGGAUAUAUGGUUUACACUGCUACGACUUUCAAGUAUGCGUUUGAUUAUAAACCUUCUGACAUCUACUGGUGCACAGCUGAUUGUGGAUGGAUCACUGGCCACAGCUAUGUGACUUAUGGACCUUUGCUCAAUGGCGCUACAGUUGUCAUUUAUGAAGGGGCACCAAAUUAUCCUGAUCCAGGUCGCUGCUGGGAUAUUGUUGACAAAUUCAAAGUGACAAUAUUCUACACUGCCCCCACAUUGGUACGGUCCCUCAUGCGUGAUGGCGAUGCGUAUGUGACUCGCUAUUCCCGCAAGUCCUUACGAGUGCUUGGCAGUGUAGGCGAGCCUAUCAAUCCAAGUGCAUGGAGGUGGUUUUUUAAUGUAGUAGGAGAUUCGAAGUGCCCGAUAUCCGACACUUGGUGGCAGACUGAAACCGGUGGCUUCAUGAUUGCUCCUUUACCGGGUGCCUGGCCUCAGAAGCCUGGUUCUGCUACUUUCCCUUUCUUUGGUGUUCAGCCUGUAAUAGUGGAUGAAAAGGGUAUUGAGAUAGAAGGAGAGUGUAGUGGGUAUCUCUGCGUGAAAAGCUCAUGGCCAGGGACGUUUCGAACUCUUUACGGGGAUCAUGAAAGAUACGAAACCACGUACUUCAAGCCAUUCCCUGGUUAUUAUUUUAGCGGUGAUGGCUGCAGCAGGGACAAAGAUGGGUACUACUGGCUUACUGGAAGAGUUGAUGAUGUCAUCAAUGUCAGUGGGCAUCGGAUAGGGACAGCGGAAGUGGAAUCUGCUCUUGUAUCUCAUCCCCAAUGCGCGGAAGCUGCAGUGGUUAAGGGGCAGGGUAUAUAUGCCUUUGUAACCCUUGUGGAUGGCAUUCCUUACAGUGAAGAACUCCGACGAAACCUUAUAACUACUGUGCGGAAUCAGAUAGGACCCUUUGCCGCACCAGAUAGGAUACACUGGGCUCCUGGCCUCCCGAAGACAAGAAGUGGUAAGAUUAUGAGGAGGAUUCUGAGGAAAAUUGCGUCCAGGCAAUUGGAUGAGCUUGGAGACACGAGUACUCUGGCCGAUCCAGGAGUAGUUGAUCAGCUCAUAGCACUUGCUGAUUGCUGAUGUGCAAAACACAAAGAACCCGCUUUGAGUUAGUUGAGGGAUUGAUAAUCUUGUAGUUGUGAGUGGUUUAUUGUCGAGCCUGGGCACGGCUCUUUUGGAUCAGUGACACCAGUGAUGUAGAGUUCGGUCUCACACCCCAAGUUUGUGUUGGCUUAGUUGGGGAUGAUCUACAUCACUUCAACGUUCAAACUCCAUGUUGCCAAAACUGUUAAAACAUCGACCGGCCACCUUGAUUUCUUCUUGGCAGCUGAAUGUUUCCCAGUAACAACAAUGAUGGUGGUGACACUUACAGGAAGAUACAUACGGGGAUAGCUUGUACAAUUUUCUUUACGUUUAUGGCAAGGAGAAUCUACUUGUGACAGGUCUGAGAGAAUGAGA